AUGACGCCAAAUGAAUUUAAUGUCGAUGUCCUCAUUGUUGGCGCGGGCCCAGCAGGACUCAUGGCCGCGACUUGGAUGGCACAAACAGGAAUCAAGACCAUUUUAAUUGACCAGAAAGCACUGAGGACCCAAGCUGGGCAUGCCGACGGGGUUGAAAGCCGCACAUUGGAGAUAUUGGACAGUUUCGGACUGGGAGAAACUAUCUACAGAGGUGCCAAUCUCACAAUUGACUUGUGCUUGUGGAAUGAGUUGGAGAAUGGUGAUAUACAACGUCAGACAGUACUCAAGAACGCGAGUCGAGGGCUUUCCCGAUAUCAAGAAGCCACUUAUGGGCAGGGAAAGAUUGAGGAGACAUUUUUGGAACUUCUUCAUUCCCACAGCUCAGUCGAGGUUCGAUGGAACACAGCGCCUGUCAAAUUAGACAUUUUGCAAGACUCUACAGAAUAUCCCGUGCGAGUGAUGAUACAGACAAAACAAUCGAAUGCAGAGUGUACCUUGGCCACGGUCAACGCCAAAUACGUGGUUGGUUGUGACGGGGCCCGAAGUUGGGUCCGAACGAGGCUUGGUCUUGAGCUCGAAGGAGAUCAUAUGAAUGAGAAUUGGGGGGUUAUUGAUGUGAUACCUGCGACCAAUUUCCCCGACAUCCGCAAAAGAUGCAUCAUAAAAUCUGAGGCUGGCCACUUGAUGAUUAUACCCCGAGAAGAAAGAAUGGUUCGAUUUUAUGUUCAGCUUUCUCCCGGAGCUGCCGCGUUGUUCAAGGCAGACUAUCAUCCGGAGACCCUGGUGACUAUCGUGAAAGAUAUCCUGCACCCGUAUAGCUUCGAAGCGCCUUACACUGAGUGGUCGACCAUAUACACAGUUGGUCAAAGGCUGUGUCCCGCUCUGUCCAAACAUAACCGAGUGUUCCUGGCCGGUGAUGCGGUACACACCCAUUCGCCCAAGGCUGGAAAGGGCAUGAACGUCAGCAUCCAAGACACAUACAAUCUAGGCUGGAAAUUGGCUUCUGUUAUUAAAGGAAAGGCCACCCCGAGCAUUUUGCACACAUAUCAGGCUGAGCGUGGUGCGGUCGCGAUGCGACUAAUCGCCUUUGACAAACGGAUGGUCUUGGGAAUCGGAGAGAAAGUACCGAGAUCGGAUUCCACCGGCCAAAAUGAGGGUACCCUUCGUGCAACUCUCGGGGAAGAAAAUACCUCUGAGUCUGGGUCGCAAGCCUGCUAUCAACCUGGUCUGCUUGUAACACGAGCAUGGGACGACAUACCAGCCGGGAAGAGCCAUGUGCUAGAACCGAUGCUCCCACACAGCAAAACCAAUCUCGCCGCAAAUAUUGUGCUGGGGGCAAGACUACCAAGUAUACAAGUCUUGUGUCAGAGUGACUCUCGUCCUUAUCAUAUCCAACGACUGCUUCAGAGCACUGGAGAGUGGCACUUGCUAAUCUUGGGCGGCGAUCUAUUGGAGAAGUCUCAAAUGACUCGGCUCCAAAUUCUAGGGUUGCAACUUGGGCGAAACGACUCUCUAAUUCAUAUAAUCAACCAGCAGAAUGAUUCAGUCGGUAGGGUAUCGACUUAUCUAGUUCACUGUGCCCCCCGAGACAAGAUCGAGCUGAUGGAGUUGUCGCAAGUCUUCAGACCAUUUGACAAAAAGCUUGGAUAUGAUUAUUGGAAGGUCUUUGCCGAUAAUCAGCCGUACAGCGAGAAAUGUGGAUCUGCUCAUGAGUUUUAUGGGGUCUCAGCCGAAGGGUGUAUGGUUCUCGUGCGUCCGGACCAACAUGUUGCAUUCAUUGGGUCACUGGAAGACUUGCCUGAGGUCGAGAAGUUUCUCAGAAACUUCGUGGUUGUUGAUAUAGAAGGAACCAAAUGUCGAGAGUAA